GUCAUGUCUCAUCCCUUGGUUGUCUUCAAUGACCGCGCUUUCAAAGUCCUUGAGCGAGGUGAUAUUAUAGAAUGGUUGGAGACGGUUUCAGACUGGUGUGACACGGAGAAACGAAGCGACAGAGUCGAGAUCGCUCUCAGCUACCUUGGACGCCCAAUCUCCGUAUUCAUACACAGGUUUGAGGAUAUGUUGCCAUCUCACUGGCGCUGGUCCUGGGCUGUCCUAUUCAACGUGCUCAAAGCACUUCAAGAACAACUCGCCAUGAUGACCCAAGCAUCUCGCCCUACCCAUGGCUCUGGACAGAGUGAUAGUGGACUGUCAACAGCCGUGAAGGUCGUUGGCGGUGCCGCGCUUGUUGCAGGCGUGGCUGCGUUAGCCGGUGUUGGACUGACGCGAUCCUUAGGAUUCGGAGCAGGAGGUAUUGCAAGAGGCUCCGCCGCAGCUCGUUGGCAGUCCUCAAUCGGAAGUGCUGCCAAGGGCAGCUUAUUCUCCAAAGCUCAGAGCUUGGGCGCCACUCGUGCUGUUACUACAGCUGUAGCAGCGGCUGGAAUGGCGGGAGGUCAAGCAAUGCAAAGACUACGACCCGCGCUACAAAUUAUGCAGAGCACAGGAGUGGCUCGAAUUCUUGGUCCGUCGCAUCAGAUAGAGUUGGACUGGAACCAUGCAGCUACAGUCGAUAUACCGGUUGAGUUCGUGCGCGAGGUUAGACUCAUGGGUAUCCGAGCAGAUUGAUCAUUUAUCUCUCUACAUACGUUGUUGUCCGACGAACAAUCUUCUCGGUGCGGCUCUGGAAGCAGGCUCAGAUGGUUUGACCACCACUCCGAAUCUGGACGCUCCUUUCCUCUGCAUGUUUAUAUGAGUGGAUACCCCGUUUAUGUACUAAACAC